CGGAGUACGCACGCGAGACUAGCAAAGAUGGCCGCUCAGACCCCGACUUUAAAGCUCAUCCUCGUCGGUGACGGUGGUACCGGCAAGACCACGUUCGUCAAGCGCCACUUGACCGGCGAGUUCGAGAAGAAGUACUUGCCCACCGUCGGCGUCGCCGUGCACCCGCUUGAGUUCACGACCAACUGCGGCCCGAUCCGCUUCGACUGCUGGGACACCGCGGGCCAGGAAAAGUUUGGCGGCUUGCGCGAUGGGUACUACAUCCACGGCCAGUGCGCGAUCAUCAUGUUCGACGUGACGUCGCGGACGACGUACAAGAACGUUCCGACGUGGCACCGCGACAUCACGCGCGUGUGCGAGGACAUCCCGAUCGUGUUGUGCGGCAACAAGGUGGACGUCCGCAACCGUCAGGUCAGGGCGAAGACGAUCACGUUUCACCGCAAGAAGAACCUGCAGUACUACGAACUCUCCGCCAAGUCCAACUACAACUUCGAGAAGCCGUUCCUGUACCUCGCGCGCAAGCUCGCGGGCGAUCCGAACCUGCAGUUCGUGGAGUCCGUCGCGCUCGCGCCCCCCGAGGUCAUGAUCGACCCCGCGGAGCUCGCCAAGUACGAAGCCGAGCUCGCGUCGGCGGCGGCGCAGCCGCUCCCGGACGAGGACGACGAGCUCAACGACGCGUGAUCGAAAAGCGACGACGCGUGAGCGCGCGGAGGAUAGCGAUCGCGGAGGAGAAGAAGGAGAAGGAUGCGACGAACGUCGAGGGGUUUCGAGCUGGCCGGAACCCCGCGCGCGUCGCGGGUGGAUGGAGGAUCAGGGCGCGAGGGUUCGCGCUGUGAGGCGGCGGCGGAGGAGAAGAGAGGACGGGAAAAGGACGCGCGCCGGGGCGCGCGCGGAGGAUUGGAUUUAGACGCGGAGAGGAAAGGUUUCCGUCGACGCGUAGACGCGGCACCGCGCAUUUGAGGUGUGAUGAAACAUUCGCGCGCACGUUACAUGAC